UCAGGGCUAACCUCACUGCCUCUCUCUUCCCAAAAGAAAAAAGCUUUACCACUUGACGGUAGAGAGAGGGCCGCCUCUCUCUCUCUCUCUCUCUCUCUCUCUCUCUUUUUUACUUCUUUCUCUCUCUACAUACCCAGAAGCCCAUUCACUAUUCUAGAUGAUGUUACGAGCAAAGCAGAUUGGUAAUAUCUCAAGUAGUGCGAGGUCCUUAUUUCUUAGUGGAACACGAUGUAGUGGAGCAGAUGGAAAUUCUUGCACUUGUCCUGAAGAUGAAACUUGUGUUUCACAAAGGCAAAAGAAAAGAACUGACCAGCUACUUGCAGAGAACCCAUCAUCCACCUUGUCAUCCAAAACUUCAGCAAGAGUGGGAACCUUCAUUAGAGGGGAUGUGGUAAAAGCAGCAAGUUCUCAAAAAGCAAGUACUGACCAUCCAGCCUCUUUAAAACAAGUUGCAACUAUUCCAGCUUCUUUGGAAGGAUCAGACUGUGUAAAUUAUGCUGGUAAUGUUGAUACUUCUCAGAAGGAUGUGGCACAUUCAGCACCUUUUAUUGCAGACCAGUUUGCCAAGGCAGGUGUCGCAGCAGUAAAUUUUCUAUCUGAUAUGGUAAAUUAUAAGAUUCCUUUUUCUGAUGGGAGUGCAAUGCUGCCCAAAAAUUAUGUGGUUGAUUCCAGCAGGUCCCUUUCUGGUAUCAAACCAUCAAAUGUGAAACACGUCAAAAGAGAGAACUUUUCUAGUGUUCAUCCAAAAUCAUCUUCUGAGGUACCAUCUGGGUCAAGUCGUGCGAGUAACUAUCAUGCUAUGAAGGGUAAAGGUGAUAAAUCCAGUUUAAUUAAAGGUUUAAAUCAGGUUCCUUUUACCAAGACUGACAACUCAGUUUUAACUAAAAGUGUAUCUUCAGACACUCGUAAUAAGCAGGCUAUACCACAGAGAUCAAGAGCUCAUUUCAACAACUUCAAUUCAGAUUUUAGUUCCAGUGUACAGGAUUCAGAUGUGAAUACUGUCAGUAGCAUCAAUAACGGUUUUGGGAAACCCACAAGAGAUACAAAAUUACCAUCAGGAUAUGCUCCAAUGAAGAGGCCACCUACCAGUACUGGGCAUCUUGUGCAAAGUGUUUCUCACAUUUUGCAAGGGCUGAAAUGGGGGCCUGCGGCCGAAGAGGCACUUAAGAAUCUCAAUUAUUCAAUGGAUGCAUAUCAGGCAAACCAAAUUCUAAAGCAACUUCAAAACCAUUCUGUUGCUCUCAGCUUUUUCUACUGGUUAAAACAGCAACCUGGAUUCAAGCAUGAUGGACACACUUACACCACAAUGGUUGGCAUCCUUGGCCGUGCCAGGCAGUUCGGUGCCAUUAACAGGCUGCUGCAUCAGAUGGUAGAGGAAGGAUGCCAACCAAAUGUUGUGACGUAUAACCGUCUAAUUCACAGUUAUGGUCGUGCCAACUAUUUGAGGGAAGCACUCAACGUGUUUAAUCAAAUGCAGGAUGCAGGGUGUGAACCUGACCGUGUUACCUACUGCACACUCAUUGACAUACAUGCUAAGGCUGGGUUUCUAGACAUCGCCCUCCGUCUGUAUGAUAGGAUGCAAGAGGCUGGCCUUUCUCCUGACACAUUUACUUACAGUGUUAUAAUCAACUGCCUUGGGAAGGCUGGUCAUUUAGCUGCUGCCAACAGACUAUUCUGUAAGAUGGUUGAUCAGGGCUGUAGUCCAAAUUUAGUCACCUAUAACAUCAUGAUAGCUUUGCAAGCAAAAGCAAGGAAUUAUGAGGCUGCUUUGAAGCUUUACCGUGAUUUGCAGAAUGUUGGUUUUCAGCCAGAUAAGGUGACUUAUAGCAUAGUGAUGGAGGUGCUUGGCCAUUGUGGGUAUCUAGAGGAAGCUGAAGCUCUUUUUCUUGAGAUGAUACGGAAGAAAUGGGUGCCUGAUGAACCUGUUUAUGGUCUUUUGGUAGAUUUGUGGGGUAAGUCGGGGAAUGUGGAGAAGGCUUGGGGGUGGUAUCAAGCUAUGCUUAAUGCAAGGCUGCGUCCAAAUGUGCCUACUUGCAAUUCUAUGCUCAGUGCUUUCCUUAGGGUGCAUCGGCUAUCAGAUGCCUAUAACUUGCUACAAAGCAUGGUGGACUUAGGUCUGAACCCUUCUUUGCAGACUUAUACUUUGCUUCUCAGCUGUUGUACAGAAGCACAAUCAUCAUAUGACAUGGGAUUUUGUGGCCAGCUCAUGGCAAUUACUGGCCAUCCCGCACAUUCGUUUCUACUGUCCAUGCCAUCGGCAGGACCUGACGGUCAGAAUGUGCGUGAUCAUAUGAGUAGGUUCUUGGAUCUGAUGCAUAGUGAGGAUAGAGAGAGCAAGAGGGGACUUGUAGAUGCAGUGGUGGAUUUUCUCCACAAGUCAGGGCUCAAGGAGGAGGCUGGCUCUGUUUGGGAGGUUGCUGCAGAAAAGAACGUAUAUCCAGAUGCCAUCAAGGAGAAAAGCUCUUGUUAUUGGCUUAUUAACCUCCAUGUUAUGUCAGAUGGUACCGCUGUAACAGCCCUGUCAAGGACACUUGCUUGGUUUCGCCAACAGAUGCUGAUUUCAGGGAUUGGCCCCAGCCGGAUUGAUAUUGUGACUGGAUGGGGCCGCAGGAGCAGGAUCACAGGAACUUCUCUGGUAAGGCAGGCAGUGCAGGAUUUGCUGCAAAUGUUUAGCUUUCCAUUUUUCACUGAGAAUAGUAAUUCUGGGUGUUUUGUUGGUUGCGGGGAGCCUCUUAAUAGAUGGCUGCUCCAGUCUUACGUUGAGCGGAUGCAUUUGCUUUAGUUGCUUAUCAUUUUUUGCACCAUUAUUGUUGGGUAAACACAAUUUUGUUGCGGGAAAGGCAAGCAGAGUUAGGUUAUACCCUAGUGUAUAAUCGUGUAUUUAAAACGUUUUGUAUCUGCAACUUUUAAGUUAUGAAAUGAAAGUUAUGUUUGUA